AACUAGGAAUGUAGUCUAAAAAUGUCACGUAAAAGCACAGAAUUUGUCAGUGUACUUAUUUCCGAUUCGAAUCACGGAAAGAUUUUGUUAGUGAACAAUGAAGACAAGGGUUUGUGGCUGCCAACAACUGAGAGGCACAAAAAGGAAACUCUGAAAUCCGUUGCUCUGCACUUGGCUGAAGAGGUAUGUGGACAAAGGAUUGCUUUGAAAGGCGUAUUACGCACCAACAUCACAAGAUUCUCUCACCGACCAUCAUCUACACAUGUCAUCUUUCUUACAUCACCCCUCACAAGCAUAGACCAGUAUCCAGACACCUCAGUAUGGUUAUCAGAGAGGGACAUGGAGGAGCAGAUGGCGCCAGGGGUCGAGCCCGGGAUUUUAGGAUUUGAACCACUCCGGCUCAUUCAGCAACUCAAAGAAGAUAGCUGCCCUGUAGGGAGCUUGGUGGAGAGUGGUGUGGAGUAUGUUGACGGAGGGAAUGGCUCGUCACUCACGCCACAGGAGACUCUGGUCAAGUCGGCCAAGCUAGCCAAGAAAGAACAAGACAUGCUGUUUGAAGAGUUCAUCGACUUCUGUCACCCAAGCCAUUCAAUGAACUUCAUGACGUUUGAGAGGUACAUCACCACUAAAGGAGUGAAGGGAGGCAAGCCUCUGCCACUGUUCAGAGCAUUUGACAUCCACAAGAAGAACUACCUGACGUUCAAGGAGCUCUUGUUGGGGCUGGCAUGUAUGGAGCCGUGCACACAGCAUGGUGGCAUGCCGGCUGAGGCCCGUUGUAGAUACAUCUUCAGAUACUAUGAUGCCAACAGUGACAACUUCCUGCAGUUUGAUGAGUUCAGAGAUCUUGUUAAAGAUGUGCGACACCUGAAGGGCCUCCCUGUUGACGAGGAAUCAGUCAUGGAGGAUGCUACCAAUAGUGCAAAGUUGUUUGGUGCUGACACAGUGGACAAGUUGCCCCUAGCUGAGUUCCUCAUCGCCGUCGGACAGCUCAAGUUCCGCGGAACAUCCGUUCUACUUCGUCUUCCUGUGUCUUGUACAAGUAAUGUGAAAAGCAUCACUGCCGACAACAACAAGUCUGAUGACAGUGAUGAAGAACCUCCAUCAAAGAAGACCCGACCCAAGCUGAUCAAAUCCGCACAGUGGCCCCUAGAUGUAGAAGACACAGGCAAGGUGGACCCUGUGUUCAAGCACCCCGACGGACGAGCUCCCCAUGCUGUGAGGAUGUCCCCCUUACCCAAGUACGAGCUGGCGACGCACACGGUCAAAGUCAGGAGGACAGGCACGCUGGCAGAUGUCAUGGCUCUCUGGGACCUACAGGGUACACCGGCUGUGAGUGGAAGUACCGACCACCAUCUUGAAGGAGAUGUCUCUAGAUUUCAACGAAUGCCCUCCAUCGACUCCUUCAACCAACGAUCUCAUCCAAAUGAAAUGCUGACAGGACUCCGCUAUUUUGAGAGAGCAAUCAAGGGAGAGAAUGGAGGACUGCCCAAGCCUGCAUUCAACUGGGGCCAGGUUGAUAGAAAUGCUCUCGCAAAGUGCCUUCUGACAUUGUGUCGUCAAGCUAAAGAUAUCCUCGGCCAAGAACCACGGCUGCUGAAACUCAAGUCACCGGUUUAUAUACUUGGUGAUAUCCAUGGCAACUUCCGAGACCUGGUGAGUUUUGAGAAGGCGUUGUGGAGGAUGGGUCCUCUCCUCACUCCAGCCUCCUUCCUGUUCCUCGGGGACUACGUCGACAGGGGCGAGUGUGGCAUUGAGGUCGUGUCCUACCUCCUAGCCCAGAAGCUGCUCUCCCCAAACAAGUUCUUCCUGCUGAGAGGCAACCAUGAACUCCGAAGUGUCCAAGAAAUGUUCCAUUUCAAAACGGAAUGUCUGAGCAAGUUUGGUGACAGUGUAGGGCAGCAAAUUUGGGAUGCUGUUAAUGAGUGCUUUGAUUGUAUGCCCAUUGCCGCUACCAUUGAUGACAAGGUGUUCUGUGUCCAUGGUGGCAUCCCCAGCACUGAGCACGACAAUGGCAGUAUAGAGGCCAUCAACAAGAUCCCCGUGCCCCUUCCGGACCCCGAGACAGAGAGCCCCAUGGCCUGGGAGAUACUGUGGAGUGAUCCCAUCAGCCUUGACCUGGUGACCCCUGAUGUGAUGCAGGACCUGACUGAGAACAAUGGGUUUGUGUUCAACUCGCGGCGAGGCACAGCGCACUUCUUCAGCUGUGAUGCUCUCUUCUCCUUCCUGGAUCGUAAUGGCCUGUCUCACGUGAUCCGAGCUCAUGAGGUGCAAGAAACAGGAUUUCAGGUGCAGCAACAGGGACGUCUGAUGACUGUGUUCUCUUCAUCUCGCUACUGCGGCGGAUCCAACGAGGCAGCCUGUGUUCUUGCUGACAACUUCAAACUGCGAAUGAUCAGAAUAGACACAACGUGAAGUCCUUGCACCGAACAGCAUUACAUCAAGUGUCAGCACCCUUCACCUGGUACUCUGAUGACUCUCCACAGAGGUCGAAAUCAGUUUCAGGUUUAGGAAUAAUAACUUGGAUGGAAAUCAGCAUGCUCAUCGUGAAGAAAGUGUGACAUCCUGCAAAGAUAUUAGUACUACAAACCUACUUAACUGUGGCAAGGACAGGACAGGAGGUCCAUAAUUGGUUUGUUUCUUCUGAAGAUUCUUUUCUAAACAUUAGAAGUGGUUGGUUUUUUUCCAAACAAUUGUAACUAACAGUGACUGAUCUAAAUGUUUCACAGCUUUAGGCUGGAGGUGUCUUGUCGAUCUGUAAGGAUUGUUCAGUCUUAUGGUAGAGUAUAGAUCUAUAACCUAUGGCCAGUGGACUUGUAGGGUGUUAAAUAACCUGAGACGACUAGUCUUAUCUCAUAUUGCAACUGCAGCUACCUGAUAGCAGGUUCUGUAGUCCAGCAGUGAGUGCGUUCAUUCUAUAUGGCUUGGUUUGAAUCCAGUAUAAUUCAGGAUGUUUUUUACCCCAGACGUGAUGUAACUGAAUAUUGCUGAAAGUGUUGUAGAAAAUAUUUUUAACGAGACAUCCCAAGUGUUUUGACGUUAAAGCAAUGGUGUUUGUACCAUGGUUGCUCUGAACAGCUGUCAGUCACACAAGUAGUAAUUAGGUGACUCCGCCUGCAGAUGUUGAAAUGAGAGUUAUCUUUCCCUUUUGAACACAGAUUAUAACAGUGUUAAUAAGACUGGUUAUCAAGUGAAAACAUGGUUCACCAUCAGUUAUUAAAGAGCCUUGUUUUGUAUGUUUGUGUUUCUCCUCUUGUUAUUGCAUUUUCUCUUUUCCUUCCCAAAUUGAGAAUUAAGAGUUACUUCCCUUGAAAGAAAGGCCUCUACUCCAGCAGAAAUUUUCUGCCAUUAACACGACAUGUACAAAAUAACUGGUUAGGAUGGAGAGAAUAUAAUCUUAUAUAAUUUGGCCUAUAGUAUUAUAGUUUUGGACAUGGGCUUAAGUGAAACACUAUAUAAAGUGCUGUCCUAACAAUUAUAUGAAGAAUAUUGCUUCAGUUUCUUAAAUCUCCAUUGUGUAUGUAAAGUAACUGUGUAACCUACCAUGUUUAGCUGUUAAUAUGAUUGAUAUAUGAUUACAGAUUACAAUGAUUUGACUGGAAAUUGCUCAACAGAAUUUGGUAUAUUUUUAGAUUUGACUAAUUGUGUUCUGAACUCAACAGGUAAAAAACAAAUUGAUUUUUAUUCCACUUAUUCAUUUGUAUGUUUUAAUUAUGUUAUUGAUAAACUGUUGCAAACUGUAGGACAGCAGGUUUGUGACACAGUUACGUCAAAUCCAGAUUAUUUGAAGAAGUAUGUUUUCACAAUGAGUAUACUAAAACAAUUGACCAUGCCAGUGUAUCUGAUAGUUCUUUAACCAUUUUCUGUUUAACAAGACUCUGAAGUGUUACUGGUAGAGAAUGGUAACUUGGAGAUAGACAAUCACUUUAUGUUACCAAGGUUAUGACAACCAUAUAUGGACUGAUGGGUGGAUAAACCUCCCUGUUGUUUUUAUGAAUACAUUGCUGCCUGCACUUUUUAUCAGACAAUGGAUGAGAUAGGAUAGGGGCCUUUUCAUUCCACUGGAUAUGGCCAUUUGAAAAGUUAUGGAAAAUUUGAAAUAUUGGAAUGAAGAUUAUCAGACAUGUUGAAAUUUAUGCAAACUAUCCUUUCUUUCUAACACUUGCAAAUUGCAGUCUUCGUGUUUAUGGUCAUGUUAAGAAAGGCUAAAAUUAGUCAAAAAGGCUGAUUUUCGGAACUUCUGUAGACAAUAUGACUAUAAGUCUGUGACCAAAGAUGGAUGUUUUUGUCCCACGAUAACAUUGUAUUUAUUUACAUUGGAGAAAUCAGCUCGGGUCAAACUCUUGUUCAUGUUCAAAUAUUAGAAACAGAUUCUGAAAAUCUACAAAGUCCAACUUUUCAAUUUUUUUGGCCUUUCCCAUAAUAAGUGAAAUAAUGAGAGUCUUGAAAUGAACACUGUAUCAUUCUCUUUCAUACGAACACAUCUGGUAACUUUUUUUAACAAUUUCUUAAGAUUUUGCUCAUUUCGUAAAUUUUGCAGAUCUUGUGGUCCCAAAAGUCCCUUUUUGUACCUUGUCCUUUGUUAAGAAGAUUAUCACUUCGUGGAUAGAAUUUUACCGAUUUGUCAUAUCUGACCCUGGAUUACAUAAUGAAUAUGCUUUUGUGUUGUCAUCUACAGGGUCAGUAAUAAGGGCAAGAGUAAAUGGGAUACCAGUGUUCGCUCAUGCAAUAUUGAGAAAUAGGGCAUGAAAAUCUUAAUUGAUAUUUUACAUAUUCAAAACUGAAUUGAUUCGUAUGUAUGGUGUUUUGUGUUGAUGUUUCUGCCCAUGUGAGAUGUUCUGAACACUUCCAACUGCUUGACCUUGUGUUUAACCAGAAUAUAUUUGAAGUUGUCACCAUGGCUACAUCACGCUUCAGCCAUUGCUAUGUAUACUGCUAUAUCUGUAGCCCUGUUCUAAAUUUCAUACACUAUCAACUUCUGAUGGAUGUUUCCUCUGUAUAUCCUAUGACGUAAUGUUUUAAUAACUAUCUCUACAUUAUAAGGUCAUUAUGAAUUAACUAUUAGAUUUUCAUACACAUUUAAAAAAAAAUUGAGGUGGGAGGCAAUUUAAAAAAAUACUGUAUUCUACAUAAUAAGAGCCCAGGGCGCUCUCAAAAUUAGAACUAGAGGGCUCUUAUUGGAAUAUUAUUUUGGUGAAAAAAAACAGAGUUGAAAGAUGGUUAAUUUCGUGGUAUAUGCUGACAGCCAGAAAUGUUUAUAUACGACAGAUAUAUUUUUCCAGAAUUUAAUUGCCAAUAAUUAAGGGUGCAUAUAACACAUGAUCGAGUGUGUAUUAUACACGAAUAA